AUGGCCACAGCAUUAAUACUUGGUCUCCGCUGCUGCAUUUUAGCCUGCAUUGCUGUAGGCAUGCUUUUGGCUGAGCACCUACAGAAUGCUGUGAAUGAGACAUGGGCGUGGCUUCUUCAGCAGUGGUGGUUCAACAGCGUCUACUUCGAAACCGUGUGGGCGCCAGUGUGUUUCACAGUACUGCUCGUUCCCAUGUACAGACUGAUUGACUCGAUACCCCUUUUCGAUCGGUACAAGAUCGACAAGAAGCAUCGUUUUAUACCAUUUACUGCCCUGGAGAUGUUGAAGACUGGUGUGUUUUAUAUGGCCCCUCUUGCUUUGUUGGACACAUUCAUGGUGAAGCACUAUAAGGGCUGUGGCAUUGAUCCGAUGGUUUGGAAGAUAAAACGACAGACAUGGGUACAGACCACCCGAGCUCUCCCAGCUGAACCACCCUCCGUGGCCCUUAUCCCCAUCCACAUCGUAUGUGCUCUGGUAGUCUUUGAUAUGUUCUUUUUCUUGGUUCACUACUCACUCCACAAGAACGCCUGGCUCUACAAAACGUUCCACGCGCUACACCACGACCAUGCAACCGUCGACAUUCACGUGACCAACCAGCUGACCGUCGUGGAGAGAAUUGUGCUCAUUUUAUCAGCAAACGAAGGGCUUAAGAUCGUGAACAGCCAUCCUCUCACCAGAGCCAUCUACGUCCCAAUCUUCUUGUGGUUGUUAAUGGAAAACCAUUGCGUGUAUGAUUGGCCAUGGGGAUUGGACAAGCUAGUUCCCUUUGGACUGAUGGGUGGGCCGGCUCGGCACUUUGCUCACCAUGUGCAGGGUAGCGGCAAUUACGCACCCUUCUUCACAUACCUCGACAAACUGGUGAAAAGGACGAACGGGCACUCGAGAAAGAUUGGUUCGUAG